AUGCGCGCUGGGUUCUUUGCCGUAUUUUUCGCCUCGGCUGUUGUCUUGGUGUCCGCCGCUCCCUUCCCUUUUUUGCAAGGCCCUGCCGCAAAAGCACAUCACCAAGCACAGGCAGACCACCAUCUACGCCAAGCAGAAGUCCACCUGAAUCACGCAGAGACUCAUGACAAUCAUGCCAAUGCAGCAACAGCAAAUGGUAACCACCAAGCCGCUGCGCAUCACAUAGCCCAAUAUAAUCACCAUAUUCAACAAUUUGAUCACCAUACCGCUGAGCACGAGCGCCACCAAGCCCUGGCCGACGCGCAUCCAAAUUAUCCGCAACCUCACCGUCGGAACAUAGAUGAGUUGGAUUAG